UCCUAUUUGUUUUCAGCAUUUAAGUCUCCGAUUCACCUGAGUAGCAGCUUAUCCAAGAAGGCUAAACAAAUUCUGUUCAAACCCUCGUGCCAAAGGAGAGAAGAGGAAAUAAAGGUACUGACAGGAAUAGUCUUAAUUCUUGCAUCUUACCUCUGCGCGAGGUUAAUUGUCUAAUUUUCUCCCUAAUCUCCAUGUCGUCCUGUUGGAUAAAAUUAAGAUGUUUCAAACGAGGCCCAAUAAAUACUGUAUUUGGUUAACUAAUCUUCAGAGCUUUUUCCGAUCUAUAAUUUUUCCAGAAACAGUAAUUUAAGAUAAAACAACACGAUUAAACAGUAGUUUUGAGGCCUCAAACAAAAAUAUAUGUCCCACAAUUGAUUUUAUCGGAAACAUUCCAAAACCUAUGUUUUUUUUAGCUUACUUCAGUCACUUUCACCAUGCAUUAUGAAAACGCCACUGCUUAUGGAUUUUAUUUCAUGCCAUUGUCUGCUUUCUUUGAUAGAUUGUAAGGUGUUUCCUUAAAAAAAUUGCAAAGAUUGAGAACGUGAUUAGUAAUUGUGAGAAACUUCGACAAAUGAGCUUGUGUUUCCCAUAAUGACUGGAACGUGCACAUCAAAAGUCCUAAAUUGAUUAAAAAGUUAAGAUCACUUCUGUAAAAAUGACAAUCGAGGGAUAUAAACAAAUUUUAAAAUAAUUAUGAUAGUGCAGCUUUUGUGUGCGAUGUUCGUGUAUGGUAUGUCAGCUGGAAAUUGCAAAAUAUCGUAUUAGUAGAAUAUGUUGGCAUCCAUAAACAUUUCGGUUGAACUGUAUGUAUUGGUGGACAAUUCAGUCAAUAUCAAAACUGCGCGCUCCGAACAAAUGACUCACCCAGAUUAGGAAAAAAUGAAGGCGCAAGAUACAAUAUAGCCUAGCUGAGAGGUAUCAGUAGAUACUAAUAGAUUGGAAUCGACACUUUGAUUUCACAGGUUAUCUUCGGCAUUGUCGAUAAGCUUAAAUGUUUCAGUCGUUACACACCACUCAUCAAACGCGAGAUCGCAAAAGUUGUAUAUUUUCAACAGUUUGAGGAUGGAAGAGUGAUCGUCAAACAAGGUGAGUGUCCCAGUGUAUUCUGGGGCUGAAAACUUACUACUGGUCAUUUCGGUUCGCAAAAGUUAUCUUGGUUGAAAUUAAGCAGUAGACAACGACUCCAGAAAGUCUCACUUUUCAGUUGAUUAUGAAGAUUGAAAAUAAUUAGACUGCAGAAUUACAGAAGUUUAUCGGCUGUCACAAAUCGCUGUUCUAUUUGACACAGGCCAACCAGGAAGGUCCAUGUAUUUCAUCUUGAGGGGAACUGUAUUUGUUCAAGUGGCAGAGACAGAUAAAAUCGCAGGACUCCGCAUGAAACAGGUCUUUGAAGUAGAAACUAGUUUUUGAAUUUAUCACAAAAUUAACAUAUGUUAAUAAAUAUGGACAGCAGAUAAAAAUGCACGCACUGACACGAGUAUUUAUUCAGUCACAUUAAGAAGGAUCAAGGUUCUUAUGAAAGAGUUUCAUAAGUUAACUUUGGAAGCCAUGAAGGCGUAGCAUAUCCUUGUUAUCUUGAAAUUGUUGGAACUGCAGUCAUGAAAUUAUGGAUGCUAUAUUUCAGAUCGUGGGAGAGAUGUUCGCUGGAGACUCGUUUGGAGAGCUGGCACUGCUACACGACAUAACAAGGGCAGCGACCGUCAUAUGCAAAGGGACGGUUGAGUUCCUGACGAUAGAUAAACCAGAUUUUGAUAUGGCAUACACUUGCCCUUACAAUUUUUACAUUCUCUCACUAAUAAUUAUUGAGCUUUACCAAGUUCACGCAAAAACAUUUCUCUGUGGUCUGUAGGUUUUAAAAAGGAGUUAUCAGCAGGAAUGGGAGACUAAGAUGUCUUUGUUGACAUCUUCGCCAUGCUUUAAAGACCGUUCGCCCAAAGAGUUGCAACAAGCGAAUUCUGCAGCUAAACUUGUGGAGUACCCUGCAAACACGGUAAGUAAAAGAUAAAAAAAGCGCUAUUCAGUAGACAAUAAUUGUUAGAGCGAGACAGACUACGCGGGAUAACGAGCUUGACGUCAAAAUGCGUGGCCAACAGAUCGUUUUGGAGAGCGAGGCUAAAAAGGUCCGUGAAAGGAAACCCCUGAAUUUGAAACUACACAUGAAACUAAAACCAGCAGCUUUAUAGCACUCUAUAAGUAGCAUUCUUACUAUCACCAAGUCAGAUGUGGUUUUUUGAAAACAAAAAUUAUUACAUUUUAUGCCGGAGGUAUUUGCAGCCAUGCAAAUGCCCGUAAAUUGGAACCUCAGAUGAUUAUUUGUUUAAUGAUAUGAGUUUCAUCGACUUUAAGCCUUCAGGUUAUUCUAGCUGGAUCAUUUACAUUCUUGCUAUCCAUUUCCCUAUGAUCAAUCAGUCUCCACACUGCAGGAGGGUAUAUUUUGUGUUAAUGAAAAAAGUCCGCAAACAAUUUGCAGCCAAAUAGCGUGGUUUACGAUUCUGUUCUUUCAAUUCAGUCGCCUUGCACCAUGCACAACUUCUGCAACUGAUGUGAAUGAUUCUACACUAGACUCGCUCAUGUUCAUGAAGUUUUUUUAGGUGGCACUAUUACUGUGCUAAAAUCAUUGCGCAAUUAAGUUCCUCUUCACUUGGUGACUGUAGUUCGAUGGCAACAGCCAAAAGGCAAACGAAAUCAGAAGAAAUUCGGCGGACCAUGCUUCACCACCGCAUCAAUGAUAACCACACGUUACCACACGUCUCGUGUAAAUUAUACUUUAAAAAAUUUAAGCUUGCUUCUUUAAAACUUAUAAUGUCAAAAAUCAUAUUGAAUAAUAAAAAAUUGAAUGAAAGAGCCAAAUAACUAAAUUUAAUAUCGUGAAUAACUUGGGCAGUUCAAGUAUUUUAUCUGCAAUAGGAUUUCACUCUCCGCUGAGCGUGGGCCAGUAUAUCUUAAUUAAGUGCUGUUGGAACUUCAGAGAAAGUUAAUGACAUGUACAGGUUAUGCACUAAAGAGGUUAUUCACUGUCUACGAACAGUGGCGGAAGUUUAUUGUUCCUUUCCCUAUUUUCACGUGAAGAUUCUCGGAAUGGAAACAUACGACAAUUUUUCUUUCACAUUUUGUGUUUUAAUAUUUAGAAUUUUGAACCCUAUGUAAUUUGUAGGUAUUGAGAUUUUAAAGUAAAUGAUUUCAUAUAUGUUUGACAUAAAAAAAAAAAACGCAUUUACUGCUGUUCUCACUCAACUCAGUGAUGGAAAUGGAAGCAACAAAGUAAUUCGAUUGAAAUUUUAAAAAUAUAAACCGAGUGCGAUCAAAACGUACGUGAAUACGAGUCGAGUGUUAUCACGUGAACUAAACUGAGAGAAACCUGUCAAGUUUUCCCUUCCUCACCAAUAAUUUUUAAUUUAUGUAGUCUUUAAAGCCAUGGCCAGAGUCAUGGGUAUUAGUACAGACAUAAAAGAUUCAAAAGAGGAAAGUCAGUUUGUGGUUUGUGAGAAUUUCCUGAGUCCGAAUUGCGGGCAAGACACUUUUAUCACAAAAGAGAGGGUUUUUGUUUUAUUUUAUUUUACUUUCGGCGUGGUUUGGAUCGACCGAAUUUCUUUGUUUACAAAAGGAAGUCUGCCGUCGAUGUGAAUAUAGCUGGUGAUGUACGCCAACGCUGACUGACAAACGUAAAAUCUUUUGAAAUCUAAAUGCAGUCAUUAACGUUGGCUAACUCUUACUUUACCCACCAAAAUAUUAAUUAGUUACGCGACUAUCACCAAUAUCAUUAUUGUUAAAUUUUUUUUCUUUUUGUUGUGCUGUGAAGUGAGUGCGAGCGUCGAUUACAAGGUUUCAUUUUGGAUUCGGUUUUGAAAAUUUUAUUUACAAAUGUAAUUUUAUUAAGAUUCUUUUCAUUUCCUCCUUCAUGUUCUCCUUUAAUACGGGUACUGAUUUUUAAUCUUCAUGUCGCGUUUUUGUUCAAAGCUUCUGUGAUAUUCUGUCUUUGUUCUGUAAUAUAAUAGUUGUCGUAUUAAGGCUAAAACACAACAUGUUAUUAACUUGCCUUAAAGUGAUUGACUACGUUGUCGUAAGUGGUGACAGGACGCCAAGAGAUGUCAAUAUAAUACCAUGGCGUUCCGUCUCAAGUUAUUUUGUGUGUUACCAUCUGAACAAAUAGAAACCAUGUCAUAAUGUAAAGUGCUAUCGCAUCAAGUUAAAAAUUUCAUUUUGAUAAAUUCCGAAAGUGUGUGGAGUAACAGGAUCUGGAACUUCCACGUUACGGAACCAGUCUGUUGUUUUAAUGCCUUCUUUUUCCGUUUAAUUUCAAGUUUUAAUUUGGAUGGGUACGAGUCGCAGGAACUCCGCCUACUAUGGCGUGAGUGGGGGCCUUUAUUUGCUUUCAACCUGUCUUUUCAAAGGACACAAAGAAACUCGCAACUACACUGGCUUAGCGUCCUCUAAACUGUUAUCAGUUCAGCUUGUAUUCUUGGCCACUUUUAAAACACUUAGGUUUGACACGCUGAUCGAUUCAAAUUCUCUUUGACAAAAAUGAAAUUCGCUUGUGGUUAUUUUCUGAUUUUGACCUGAAACGUGGAUAUUUAGCAUCAUGACAUUUCGUUUUGAAGAACCAUAGUAUCGAUAAUUUUUUUCCGGAAGAACUCAAGGCACGCCGAUGGCUCCUGCUACUAACAUCACAUCAACGACUAUGAAUCAAAUGGAUUGCCGAGAGCCGACCAUGAAGCCAUUUGUCGCCCAGUCGUGCUUUCUCAUUUUCAUAGCCAUCAUAACACUUUUGGGAAACAUCUCAGUUUGCUUGACGGUAUUUCUCAAUAACAAUCUGCACACUUUCACCAGCUACCUCGUCGCUUCACUGGCUUGUUCAGACUUAAUGGUUGCUACCCUCUCGCUACCAUUUCGGAUCCAUCAAACAAUUCAUAACACCCAGUGGUGCCUUAGUGAAUCUGCCUGCUUGUUUUGGAUUUGGGCAGACUUACUUUGCUGCUGUGCCUCGAUAGGAAAUCUAGCAUUGAUAAGCGUCGAUCGGUUUUUAGCCACCAAGUAUCCUCUGAGAUAUCACCAAAUAGUGACUUGUAGGACUUCUUGGUUGAUGUUAUCGUCUGUGUGGAUCUAUUCGAUAGUCGUGGCAUCCUCUGGUUUAACCAACUGGACUCCCGUUGCUGGGAAGCUCGUAGGCAUCAACAACGGCUGCUACAAGCCCGAUCCUUAUUAUUACACGUUUGCAGCAAUUGUUGGUUUUUUCGCUCCUCUCGUAGUGAUAAUGUGCGCUUACUGUUACAUUUUCAAGAUCGCCAUGGAACACUUCCGCGCCAUCUCGAGACUAACCGUUCCCGUUAUGCCUCAUGUGUCAAAUAGCAAUGAAAAUCAUCAAGCCUUGUACAAACAGCAACUUAAAGCCACGAAAACUCUAGCUAUAGUGGUUGGCGCCUUUGUUGUUUGCUGGUUACCAACUUUCAUAAUUCUGUUGGUCAAAACAUGGUGCCGGUCAUGUUUAAAUAGUCAACAGAAUCCUGAAUUGAGCGGUGUAUUUUCUGUUAUUAAUGUGGCAUUUGUCUAUACUCUGCCGAAUAUUAACUCCGCCAUCAAUCCUUUCAUCUACGUUGUUUUUAGUAAGGAUCUGAGACGGGCGUGUAUUAAGACUUUCAGAUCGCUUUAUCAAGAACUGUGUGAAAUAAGGACGGCGACAAGACAGUCGAAUUUUUAGUAAAGUUUACACUUAUAAGGUCUAUAUUUUUUUCACUCGAUGAAGAAUAAAGAUAUUAAAGUUUGUUGCUAGCGGCUCAAUAUAUAUGACGUGAAAUUCAGAGUGUAAUUAUCACCUUUCGGAUAUAGUAUCCUUUUAAGAUUAAGAUCUAUUUUGAGAUCGCAGUUCUCAGGAGGCUGGUACCUCUAGGAUCAGCUUUCAUAUGCCGUAAAAUUGUAUCCCUCUUUGGGAAGAUUUCCUCUACUUUCGGUUGGCAGUACUUUCAGAAGUUUAUGCUAAUUUUAUCAAUCUGCAUAAUUUUUCAAUAUGUUGUUUCUCUUUCAGUUCUGCGACCGCCAAAAUAUUCCUUACACUGAUUCUCGCCGUCUUCAUGAUACCUUAUCCUGUGAGGCACUUAGCUCUCUUAUUCCCCUCACUGUUGCGCUAACAUCUAAUCUAUAUUCAAAUGCAUGGCAAAACAUACACAAAAUUAGGAGUCAUUACAGAACGAAAAAGGCGGCACUUUGUUGUAGUCCUCACGAUUUAUUGAUACGAAAUUCACCAGAAAUCCGUAGACGAUCAGUAAGAGUGUUCCCAAGGAACUAUUUGGUCCUAGCCAUGUUAAUAUCGAAGGAUCAUUUCCCUGUGAUAUAGCAGUAUCUGAGAGGGAAAAAAACACGUUCUAGUAUCUCUGGUGUAAAUUUCGUAACAAAGCAGACACGUGUGUCGGGAAUAAUUGUGUUGCUGACUAUUUGGAAUUGAAAUCGUUGCCAUUUUUUCCCUUUUGUACUGAAUAUUCUUCUCAAUCAUGAUAGUACAUCUCUUUUGAGCACCACCUUCUUCGAGUUGAAAUGCAUUUUGAAUGGAGUUAUCAGGAGUUAUGGUGAAAACAUGUAGAGAUCAAUCGACCCAACGAUGGAGUUGUUUACAUUGAGUUCCCGUUUAACCAUGAACGAAUGAAAUGCACUCAUACUUGUCGCCAACGAAACGGUUAGACCGAGGAAUAAGACUUCGUCCCUGUUUUAUUUUGUGUUUGAUUUUGUUUAAUUUAUUUUUUUUAACGAAUAAAGUCGUUCAAGACUUAAUCAAACCAAUAGGUUUAGAAAGCCGUGCCGAAAUCAAGUUGAUUGUCAUUUUCUUUCGAAGCGAUAGCAUGACUUUCUCGUCUUAGUCUUCUCCGGCGCUGAUCAAAAACUAUUCUCAAAUUUUUUUUAUCUCUGACUUCAAUUCGCAGAACACUUUUAAUCACGGUUAAAACGACAAAGACAACAAAUAACACUGAAUAAUACAGCAGAUAACCUUCGUGUUCAGUUUCAUUUUGAUAAACUUCAACAUGAAGCAAGUUUUAUCUAUUGAUGAAUUAAUUCACGAUAAAAUUAACAGCACCCAUUCUUAGAGUUUUCAUACAUGGUGUAAGAAAUGAAUCAAAGAAAAGCCCUUACGUUGUUUAAAGCCACGCUCAGUUACAAAAGGUAACUGAGCCCUAAAAUCUUGGAUCGCUUGCUGACGAUCGUGUUUCCUUUCGGGAAUCCAGAAUAAAUGUAGUGGGAAAUUUUCACAAAUUCACCGAAUAAAACGAAGAAAGGGACCUGGUUAUCCUGGAAAUGAGUUCUGAAAUCAUUCCAAACAGCAUUAUCUCGUUUAUAAGUGCACAACUAACGCAAAUCCUAGGUGUUUUGAUCACGACGGGAAAACCAGCGAAAUAACGUUCUGAACUUGAUGGGGAGAACGGCAACGCUAAUACCGGAAGUUGAAAUAGCGUCGUGUCCAGAUUAUCCGAGCGUUUUCCCGUUCUGAAAUGACGUUCCCGUCCGGCGCACCGCUCUCGAGUCCAAUCGGUCUAAGGCUCAAGAAAACGAUUGGGUUUAGUUAUGCUGGUCUGAUUGGCUCUCAAACGAAGGCAGAUUUAAGCAUCUGAUAGGAAAAUGUUUUUUUGUCAUGCAAAUAAAAAUAACAUCAUGAGAAAAGUUUUUGGUGCGUUCCUUUUGUAAGAGAGGGUCUUGAUGAAUGCGAAAAAUAUCUUUUUGACUGCUCACUUUUCAUCCGUAUGCUUUUAUACUCAGAUAGGUUACCCAAAGUUUAUCAAGUAGGUAAUUGUUAAAAUACAUGGCGCGAGUUUCUAACACUUUUAGCAUUUAAAACAGAUUAAAAUUUCUCUGUUGAAAAACGUCUUAUUGUUACUGUCUCUGAUUCAGUAUUUUUUUCGUCUCUAUUUGAAUUUUAGCGGUGCCUACCAAUCACUUGUCGCCGAUUAGACUAUCAUUCUGUUAGUUUAAGAGUCUUUUCGACUACCCAGGAUCCUUUGCCUUGUACCUUAUCUGUAGACAAGAGUCUUCAGCAAGGUUAGGUUAAGGUUAAGUGAUUUCACACAGACAGACCAAGCUAAUUUUGCAAAUUUACUUUCCCCAGGUGAUUCUUCGAGACGCAGGAAACCCAGGGGAAUGUAUUUACUUUAUAAGAUCUGGUCAAUGUCAGGUGGUGCGAGAAAUGACUCUUGUACGAAGAACGCCUCCGUUAGCCAAAAGAAGGCUCAUUUUACCACCAUUGGAAGCUGAAGGCGAUAACAGCCACAUCUUCAAAAUCAAAAGUUACGAUUACGUUAGAAAGCAUUUCCUCGUUGUUUGUCUCUUUGGUAAAGGGGAUUACUUCGGUGUUGGAGAAGAUUUCACUAAAAUGAGCAUUAUAUCAGUUAAUAAGGUAAGAAAGUAUAUGUGGGUGAACGUAAAAAUCGCGGCGAGUGGUGACGGAGCUGUAUUGCGAAGGAGCAAAGUGCUUUAAUUUGAAGUUAGGAAAUAAAGCUAUUUUCAUUUGAGUGUCGAAAGUAGUCCGAGAUUGCAUUGGUUGUAUUUUAUUUCGCCCUUUCAUUGAUCCUCAAAACUCGCCCCUCCAUCAAUCAGUUGCAAAAUAAAACCCUCGUUUUCUCGCGCAUGGGCAGUUUGGUUUUUUUUACGCUUAUUGCCUCUUGAAGGUGUUUUCUUUCUUCGAUUGGUCCUCGUGAUUACAUUGGUUUUGGUUUUGCGACACUCAAUCAAAAAGCGCUCGAUAUUCUUCGCUCUAUAUAUGUCUUGAAUUCAUGUCCCAGUUUCACGCAUUCCGUUUUGUCCAAAUGAAACAAUGAAUUGAUUAAAACGAAGCCACUGUCUUCACGUGGCACACAUUUCCCUCUUGAUAUGAAACCCCGCUGCUAAUGAUCAAAAUUUUGAACACUUCAUUAAACUGACCAUUUUAGGUGGAAAUCGUUUUGGUUCAAAAGAGGUUCAAGGAGCAGUUUCACUAUCAGUAUUGCUGGUCGAAGGGAUCGCUUGUUUAUCUUCGUAAAGAUACCACGUCUCGAGCCAUCAAGAUUAAGGAUAUCACGGACCUGCACCGAUUAACGAAUGGACGUGAAGGCUAAGUAUUCAUGUUGAUGUAGAGUUGUUUGUCUGUUUUUAGAUAAUAAGUAUGAGUGUUAGCAAGAAACGUGUUCGUUGUACAAUUAAAUCUACCCUAAGCGAACUUCCAUACGCGAAUGUUGAAAUUAUUAGAGCUCAUGGACAGUUUAAUAACAUUCUCAACAGUGACUUACCGACCAAGAAGUACUUAGACAAACUUCAUAGUAUUUAUGAUUUAGAUUUGUUUCGCUUAAAUACCGAAUCAACAUUAAAUCCCGACAGAAACUUAAGCAUGCAACAAAUUAGAUGUAAAUAUUUCUCACCCUAUAGUUUUUCUAUGUUUAAAGAGUCUUUGUUGGAAUCAGAUAGUCAAUGUCCUUUCUCUAUGCUUCAUACUAACGUAAGAAGUUUGCGGAAAAACAUUGAUAAUUUUCAAGUCCAUCUUUUAGAUGAACUUGACUACCAAUUCAGUGUAAUCGGUAUUACAGAAACAAAAAUUACAAAUUCAUCUGGGCUAGAUUUCAAUGCCUGCAUACCAAACUAUCAGUUUGAAUAUGUCCCAACACCUCUAUCAUGUGGAGGUGUUGGAAUGUACAUUAAUAAUUGUUUGAAAUAUAAGGUUCUGGAGAGAACAUCUAAAGACGCUUUUCAGGCUUUAUGGAUCGAAAUUGAAUCCCUAAAGAGUAAAAAUAUCGUUUGUGGAGUGAUUUAUAGGCAGCAUAAUGAUCCGGAACAAUUCCUCCAUUAUGUUGACUUUACUUUAGAAAAACUUAGCUCCUCUGAUAAAGUUGUUUAUCUUAUGGGCGAUUUCAAUAUUGAUCUCCUCAAAUCUGAAAUUUCCGAUUACUCCCAAAAUUUUUGUUAUCUUUACAAUGUUAUUCGUUCUUCCCGGUAAUUGAUAAACCAACUAGAGUCUACAAUAAUUCUGCCACACUCAUUGAUAAUAUAUUUCUGAAUAGAUUUGAUCAUAAAAUUUCAGGUGGAAAUAUCGUGUCAGACAUUAGUGAUCACUACUCCCAAUUUUGUUUUAUCCACAGUCUUAUACCAAAAAAUUUUACUGCUAAACAUAAAAUUCGCGAUUAUUCCAACUUCUCUGAAGAAUGCUUUAUUAAUGAUGUCUUGGAUACUGAUUGGGAUAACUCAAUGACAUAUGGAUCUGUAGACAAAUGCUUUUCUUCCUUUUACAAUAAAUUUAACAAGCUCAUUAAUAAACACGCUCCUCUCAAAAUCUUAUCUAGGCGCAAGGCUAAACAAUUUUCCAAACCGUGGAUAACUAAGGGCCUACGUAAAUCUAUCAAAAUAAAGAAUAGACUCUUUUAUUCAGGAGAUAUCUCAAAAUAUAAGCUGUAUAGGAAUAGAAUUGUUACUCUUUCUCGUCUCAGUAAAAGAUUGUAUUAUGAAGCUUACUUCACUACAAAUCUAAGAAAUGUUAAAAAAACGUGGGAGGGAUUAAUGAACUAUUGAACAGACAGCGUAACAGAAAAACAGUAUCAGCCCUUCAACGCUCUAACAACUCUGGAGUAACACAAAAAAUCCGUCUGAAAUAACCAAUAUCUUUAAUCAGUACUUUGCGUCUAUUGGACCGCGGCUUGCACGCAAUAUAUCACCUUCCAGGAUAAAUUUCCAGGACUACCUUGUCGGCACUAAUCACUUUAAGUCUUUCUUUUUUGAUCCCGUCGUUCCAUCCGAGGUGGACUUGGAAAUCUUGGCUAUACCCAGUAAUAAAGUAUAUGGCCUAUAUUCUUGCCCGGUUCAUCUUUUAAAAUCUGGGCGCCAUAUCCUUUCUCCACUCUUAGCUGCCAUGAUGAAUAAGUCUAUCUCAACGGGUAUUUAUCCCCAUCUUUUGAAGCAUGCCAAAGUAAUUCCUAUCUACAAAUCGGGAGACGAAACUGAUCCAUGUAAUUACCGCCCAAUUUCCCUCCUUUCUGUCUUCAAUCGAUUAUUUGAGAAAUUGAUGGCUAAACGUCUUAAAUCACAUUGCGAAAAAAAAACGGUAUCUUUUUUUACUUCUCAAUAUGGAUUUAGAGACAAGUGUUCAACCCAACAUGCAAUUUUAGAUAUCUUAAGCAAAAUUCAAACUAAUAUUGAUGCAAAGUUAUUCUCUUGUGGUAUUUUUAUUGACCUAAAAAGGCUUUUGAUACGGUGGAUCACUCAAUCUUACUGCACAAAUUAUAUCAUUAUGGAGUCAGAGGAAUAAUUAAUAACUGGUUCUCUUCGUACUUGUUGAACAGGAACCAGUCGACUCAAAUUGGUUCAACCGUGUCGAAUAUAGAAGAGAUAGUUUGUGGUGUCCCUCAAGGGUCUGUACUUGGCCCCUUCUCUUUUUGAUUUAUGUUAACGACAUUUACCGUUGCUCCCAGAUUUUUGAGUUUUACCUAUUUGCUGACGAUACUAACUUGCUUUAUUCAAACAAAGAUCUUAAGGAUCUUGAAAAAGUUGUUAAUGAUGAACUCGCAAAAGUGGGUGACUGGUUGGACGCAAACAAACUUUCUCUUAACACUAGUAAAUCUAACUUUGUUAUUUUCCAUCCUUACCAACGCAAAUUGGACUACAUAGUUCACUUGAAAAUUUAUAAUAACGAUCUUAAAAAAAGUGUAUCUCUAGAACAAAAAACUUUUGUGAAAUAUCUAGGAAUUCUGAUAGAUAAUAACCUCUCUUGGAAGUAUCAUAUUGAUUAUAUCUCAUCUAAAGUUAGUAAAGGAAUUGGUAUAAUUGCCAGGUUAAGACAUCUUGUCCCAUUUGCCACACUUCUUAACAUCUACCGCUCCUUAAUUGAACCCUAUAUCUCUUAUGGUCUUAUUGCCUGGGGACAAGCUGCUAACACUCAUUUAAAUAAGGUUCUCAUUUUACAAAAACGUGCUCUACGACUAAUGUAUUUUGCGGAUAGCAAAUCUCAUAGUGCCCCGCUAUUUGUUAACUCCAGAAUCUUACCAAUAACUAUGCUCUAUUCUCAUUUGGUUUCCUCUUUGAUGCAUGACAUUGAUAAUCACCGUGCCCCGUCUAAUAUUUCUAUGCUCUUUAUCCACUCCGAGCAGGUUCAUCACCAUUUCACAAGAUUCUCAGCAACGGCUAAUCUGUACGUUAAAGCGUCUAGAACUAACCAACUUUUAUUUUCUUUUGCUAGAAUAGGUGUAAGAUUGUGGAAUAGCAUCCCAAAAGAACUUCGUAUUAAAAACAGAACCCCGUUUAAGCGUGAACUUAAAAAUCGCCUGUUAAAACUUUUGGAAAUUGAGGAGAUGAAUGUUGAUAUACGCUGCUCUGAAAUUUGUAAAUAUCUCUUGAUAAAGUAACUCUUCGUUUAAGUCUUGUUUCAAUUGUAUUAUAUAUCUUGAUAACUUUGCAAUUGAUUAUUUAAUUAUUCAACGGACUUAAUUUUAUUUUAUUUUAUUUAACAAUUGUAUUUUUAUUAAUGAUUAUCUUUGUUUAAUUGUAUCGGUAUGUGAUCCUUAGCAGAGACAGCACUUGUUUUAGAAGGGUGGCCCGCCUAGAAUAGCUUGCUAAUUGCGGGUCACCUAGGUCUGUGAUAAUAUUGUAUUGCUAACAAAUAAAAUUGAAUUGAAUUGAAAUUGAAAAAUUGAAUUGAAUUGUUCCAAGACAUGUAAUGGCUAAACACGAGAAAGGACGCAUAUUAGAGGAGAUGAAGGAUAAACUCAACAAACAACUGCCCUCGAGGAGAGAGGUUUUUCGUAGUUUUGUAGCAGGGGAAAAAUGGCGACAUUACAAGUUAGGCAUACGGAAUGAACUGCGGACCAAGAAAUGGCUGUUGAACCCAACAAAAUUACAGGAUGUACCCUACUCAAUCCAAGAGCAACACUUGUAUUAA